AUGAGAGAUCUGCUGGACCUGAACCUGGACCCAGCUGUGUGUCCUUACAGAGUGACAUGUCGAAUGGUCACAUCAUUAAUUUUAAAGUCCAGCCUGUGUCUGCUGCAGAGAGACGGUGCAUCUGCUCAUACUGGGACCAGUCUGCUUCAUCAGGAGACUCGUCCUGUCCCCAGUGUGGAGAAAGAUCCAGAAGCAGAGCUGGACUGCAGACAGCCACUUUUGUUCAUCUUUGACGGCCUGGAUGAAAGCAGACUUUCAUUGGAUUUCACCAACAGGAAGCUGCUGUCUGAUGUCACACAGAAGUCAUCAGUCAGCCAGCUGCUGACAAACCUCAUCCAGGGGAAUCUGCUUCCCUCGGCUCUCGUCUGGAUAACUUCCCGACCUGCAGCAGCCAGUCAGAUCCCUCCUACAUGUGUCGACAGGCUAACAGAAGUACGAGGCUUCACUGACGCCCAGAAGGAGGAGUACUUCAGGAGGAGAUUCAGUGAUGAAGAGCUGUCCAGCAGAAUCAUCUCCCACAUGAAGACAUCCAGGAGCCUCCACAUCAUGUGUAGUAUCCCAGUCUUCUGCUGGAUCACUGCUACAGUUCUGGAGCACAUGUUGACUACAGAGCAGAGAGGAGAGCUGCCCAAGACCCUGACUGACAUGUACUCACACUUCCUGCUGGUUCAGACAAAGAGGAAGAAGAACAAGUACCACAAGGGACAUGAGACGAGUCCACAGGAGCUGACGGAGGCUGACAGGGAAGUUCUUCUGAAGCUGGGGAGGCUGGCGUUUGAACAUCUGGAGAAAGGAAACAUCAUGUUCUACCAAGAAGACCUGGAGCAGUGUGGUCUGGAUGUGACAGAGGCCUCGGUGUACUCAGGAGUUUGUACAGAGAUCUUCAAAAGAGAGUGUGUGAUCUUCCAGAAACCAGUCUACUGCUUUGUUCAUCUGAGCAUUCAGGAGUUUCUGGCUGCAGUCUACAUGUUCCACUGUUUCACCAACAGGAAGACUGAGGGGCUGGAGGACUUCCUGGGGAUAGACCUGUAUGAAGACAGUGAUGAUGAUGAUGAUGAUGAUGAUGAUGAUGCAGGCAACUCUUUUCUGGAUGAUUUCCUUGAGAGAGCCAUGUAUAAAUCCCUCCAGAGUAAAAAUGGCCACCUGGACCUGUUUGUUCGCUUCCUUCAUGGCCUCUGUCUGGAGUCCAACCAGAGACUCUUAGUAGGUCUGCUGGGUCAGACAGAGAUCAGUCCAGGAAUCAUCCAGAGAGUCAUCAACAACCUGAAGGAGAUGAACAGUGAUGAAAUCUCUCCUGACAGAAGCAUCAACAUCUUCCACUGUCUGAUGGAGAUGAACGACCUCUCAAUACAUCAGGAGAUCCAAGAGUUCCUGAAGUCAGAGAACAGAUCAGCGAAGGAACUCUCUGAGAUCCAGUGCUCAGCUCUGGCCUUCAUGCUGCAGAUGUCAGAGGAGGUUCUGGAUGAGUUGGACCUGCAGGAGUACGACACAUCAGAGUGGGGACGACACAGACUGAUUCCAGCUGUGAGGAACUGCAGAAAGGCUCGACUGACUCAGUGUGAACUCUCAGAGUCUCACUGUGAAGUUGUGGCCUCAGCUCUGAAGUCCAACCCCUCCCAUCUGACAGAGCUGGACAUGAGUAACAACAACCUGCAGGAUUCAGCAGUGAAGCUUCUGUGUGCUGGACUGGAGAGUCCAAACUGUCGACUGGAGACUCUGAGAUUGUGUGGAUGCAGUUUGUCAGAAACCAGCUGUGGUGAUCUGGUUGCGGCUCUGAAGACCAACCCCUCCCACCUGACACAUCUGGACCUGGGUGAAAACAACCUGGGUGGUUUGCAUAUGAAGCAGCUCAAUCUUUUCCUAGAGAGUCCAGACUGUAGAUUGAAAGUACUGAGACUGGCAAAUUGCAGUCUGUCAGAGAUCAGCGCUUUUGUCUCAGCACUGAGCUCCAACCCCUCCCAUCUGAGACAGCUGCACCUGAGUGGAAACAACCUGCAGGAUUCAGGAGUGAAGCCACUGUGGGAUUUUCUGAAGAGUCCAGAAUGUCGACUUCAAAUUCUGGGAUUGUGGAGCUGUGGUUUGUCAGAGAUCAGCUGUGAUUAUCUGGCAGCAGCUCUGAAGUCCAACCCCUCCCAUCUGAGAGAGCUGAACCUGUGGGGAAACAACCUGAAGGAUCCAGAUGUGAAGCAGCUGUCUGAUCUUCAGCAGAAUCCAGACUACAGACUGGAGACUCUGAGAGGUCAGAGGUCACAGUCUGCAGGGUCCAGCUGUCCGUCUGUGAGGAGUGACUGGUCCAAAGAUCCACCUCCAGCCUUCAGUGGUGAACCUGGACCAAUGAGAGGGAGGAAGAGGAAGAGGAGCGGUGUUUGUGAGGAGGAGCAGCUGUCCUGCUGUGCUUUGUGUCAGGACGUCCUGAAGGAUCCAGUCUCUACCAGCUGUGGACACUGGUUCUGCAGACAGUGCAUCUGCUCAUACUGGGACCAGUCUGCUUCAUCAGGAGACUCCUCCUGUCCCCAGUGUGGAGAAAGAUCCAGAACCAGAGCUGGACUGCAGAUAGCCAGUCAGAGCAGCUGUGUACAAAAUGUUGGUCUGCAGGAGGCCAUGGAGAAAUCCCUCCAGAGUAAAAAUGGCCACCUGGACCUGUUUGUUCGCUUCCUUCAUGGCCUCUGUCUGGAGUCCAACCAGAGACUCUUAGGAGGUCUGCUGGGUCAGACAGAGAACGGUCCAGGAAUCAUCCAGAAAGUCACCAAGAACCUGAAAAAUAACAAGACAUUUAAAUCUUCUCCUGACAGAAGCAUCAACAUCUUCCACUGUCUGAUGGAGAUGAACGACCUCUCAGUACAUCAGGAGAUCCAAGCGUUCCUGAAGUCAGAGAAAAGGUCAAAGGACCUCACUAUGAUCCACUGCUCAGCUCUGGCCUUCAUGCUGCAGAUGUCAGAGGAGGUUCUGGAUGAGUUGGACCUGCACAAGUACAAAGCUUCAAAGGAGGGACGACUGAGACUGAUUCCAGCUGUGAGGAACUGCAGAAAGGCUCGGUGA